AUGGGUGAGACUGCUGCGCAUGCCUUGACGUGGGAUGAACUGAAAGAGCUGAUGCAGUUUAAGGGGAUCGAAUGUUUCAUCUGGGGAUUGGCACCUCAGAUUCUGAGCAAGGUGACAGCAUCGAAGCCUCCAACAAUUACCGAUGCUAUCGACUUAAGUGUGGCGCUCAUUGAAGAAGCGGUUAGACUUGGAAAAUUUUCAAUCUCUGAGGAGAAGAAGGAGACUCAUGUGGAGCCAUCUAGAGAUAACAAGAGAAAAUAUGGAAAAUGUGAUAAUUGUGGCAAAGUGGGGCAUGUCAAGGAGACGUGUUGGCAUGAUACUGGACGUGGAAAUGGAGGUCAAGAUGGUAGUGGAAAUCGCGGAGGAAACAACGACAACAACCAUCAAGGUGGAAAUGGUAAUGAUCAAGGACAUGGUCAAGGUUGUUUUAACUGUGGAGACAUAGGGCAUUUCAAGAAGUAUUGCCCUAAAAACAAUCAGGCACGUGGAAGAGUGUCCAACAUCGGAGCUAGGGAAGCACGCUAG